UCCAUGCAAGCAAAACAAAAAAAACCUCAGGAGUACACCAAAGGAAAUUAUUGAAAAAUUAUGCCUGGAAUAAUUGCAGCACAGUUCAUAGUUGUAAACAUGCAGUUGUAAAAAUUUCAACCGAAAAAUAUAAGCUACCUGCUGUAAGCGAAUAUUUAGGCGUCGAGUGAAUUGAAUUAUCACGAACGAGUGUGCGGAAGUGUAAUCAUCAUGUUAUCGCUGAAUCAUGAUUGUAAUGAUAAGCCAACUGUCAUUGAACGACCAGUGUGCAGAACGCCUAAGCGAUACUGCAAACAGUAUACUUAUAAUUUCCACUGUAAUGUGGCUUAAACUUAUUACACGCCACCACUGUAAACAGCUGACAUUUUGGCAGUUGUGCUGCCGUAAAAAAAAAAACAAAAUAAACAAGUUGGCGUAAAAAUUUUGCAGUUGGGUAAAAUGCCAAAAUCCUAAAAAAACCCAUCAAAAUAUUGUUAAAAUGGAUAAGGAACCAAAGCAAGAAUCUAAAGAUGUACCCGCACGGCCAUUUAAAUUGGCGCAUCAAAUUGUGAGCUUGACGGGCAUCAGUUUCGAACGGAAGAGCAUAAUAGGUGCUGUGGAGUUAACGAUUGUGCCUACAAAAGAAAAUUUGCGGUUGAUAAGGUUGAAUGCCAAGCAGUGCCGCAUUUAUCGAAUACUUUUGAAUGAUGUGUGCGAGGCGGAGUUUUUCUACUUCGAUCCCUUCUUGGAUAUCUGUCAGGGAGAUACAAAAGUACGCUCACUGGAUGUGUAUUCCAAAAAUCACUUGGCAGCCGCGCAGAAAACAGACCCAGACGUCAACUCCGGCGAAUUAUUGAUACAAAUUCCACCAGAGGGUUAUCACAUGAUCCAAGAAGGCCGCGGUUUGCGAAUAGGAAUAGAAUUCUCGAUGGAGGACCCUCAAGGAGGCAUACAUUUCGUCAUUCCACCAACAAGUGAGGAUGAAAUACUGCCCAAUAGUGCACAUAUGUUCACGUAUGCAUAUGAGAAUUCGACGCGUUUAUGGUUUCCUUGUGUCGAUAGUUUCGCAGAUCCUUGCACUUGGAAACUCGAAUUUACUGUGGACAAACACUUAACUGCUGUGUCUUGCGGUGAAUUAAUCGAAGUUGUUAUGACACCAGAUUUGAGGCGUAAAACAUUUCACUAUUCGCUAACAACACCUGUAUGUGCUCCAAAUAUCGCACUUGCUGUUGGCCCCUUUGAGAUCUACGUCGAUCCACACAUGCAUGAGGUCACACAUUUUUGUCUACCACAGCUCUUACCACUUUUGAAAAAUACAGUGCGCUACUUGCACGAAGCAUUUGAGUUUUUUGAAGAAACGCUAUCCACGCGUUAUCCUUUCUCCUGCUACAAACAAGUUUUUGUAGACGAGCUUGAUACAGAUAUCAGUGCUUAUGCCACGUUGAGCAUAGCUUCUGUGCAUCUCAUGCAUUCCAUUGCUGUCAUCGAUCAAACUUAUAUAACGCGUACAUUAAUGUCGCGUGCCAUAGCAGAACAGUUUUUUGGCUGUUUCAUUACAUCACAUCAUUGGUCUGAUACUUGGUUGGCUAAAGGCAUUGCUGAAUAUUUGUGUGGCCUGUAUUCACGAAAGUGUUUUGGAAACAAUGAGUAUCGGGAAUGGGUUCAAUCGGAAUUGGCGCGUGUAGUGCGCUAUGAAGAGCAGUAUGGUGGAAUUAUACUUGAUUGUAGUCAGCCACCGGCUCCACUACCAGUGUCAAGUACGAAUCCUGCAAGUGCGACUAGCAAACAAACUGAAAUCGUGCAUUAUUUUCCUAUCAAAAGUUUACAUACGGUUUCGCCUAAAUAUGUCGAAGCAAUGAGGCGUAAGGCUCAUUUGGUUAUACGAAUGUUGGAACACCGCAUCGGACAAGAGUUACUUAUACAAGUUUUUAAUAAACAACUGGUGCUGGCUACUAAUGCAGCGGUGACAAAAAUUGGCUCCGGUUUAUGGCAUCACUUGCUUAUUUCCACCAAUAUCUUUAUCAAAGCUAUUUUCACUGUAACUGGCAAGGAUAUGUCUGUUUUCAUGGAUCAGUGGGUGCGUACUGGUGGGCACGCGAAAUUCUCUUUUACUUCGGUGUUCAAUCGCAAACGUAACACAAUUGAACUAGAGAUAAGACAAGAUUUUGUAAAUCAACGAGGCGUCCGUAAAUAUAAUGGACCCUUACUGGUACAACUACAAGAACUGGACGGCACAUUCAAACAUAUGCUACAGAUUGAAAAUACUGUAGUGAAGGCAGAUAUUACUUGUCACUCGAAAAGCCGACGUAAUAAAAAGAAAAAAAUUCCACUAUGUACGGGAGAAGAAGUCGAUAUGGAUCUCUCUGCAAUGGAUGAUUCGCCUGUACUUUGGAUUCGUCUAGACCCAGAAAUGAUUUUAAUACGCGAUCUAAACAUAGAACAACCCGAUUUUCAGUGGCAAUAUCAGUUGCGCCAUGAGCGUGAUGUGACGGCACAGUUUGAGGCUAUAAAAGCCUUAGAGAAAUAUCCAACAAACGCAACACGUUCUGCACUAACGGAUACGAUUGAGAAUGAACGUUGUUUUUAUAAAGUGCGCUGUGAGGCAGCACAUUGCCUUACGAAAGUGGCCAAUCAAAUGGUGACACAAUGGAGUGGCCCACCGGCAAUGUUGAAUAUCUUCAGGAAAUUUUUCGGCUCAUUUAGUGCACCCCAUAUAAUUAAACAGAAUAAUUUUGCCAAUUUUCAGUUAUACUUUUUACAAAAAGUUAUACCUGUCGCAAUGGCCGGCCUACGCACUUCGCAUGGUAUUUGUCCACCCGAAGUCAUACGCUUUCUCCUGGAUCUCUUUAAAUACAAUGAUAACACGCGUAAUCACUACUCAGAUGUUUACUAUCGCGCUGCUUUAGUUGAUGCCUUAGGAAAUUCCAUAACACCUGUUGUUUCCGUCGCUCUACGUGGCACACCAAUUACUUCGGAUAGUCUUUCCGCAGAUGCCAAACUCGUACUUGAAGAGGUCACUCGUCUACUCAAUAUGGAAAAGAACUUACCUUCAUACAAAUAUAUGGUAUCUGUUUCUUGUCUUAAAGUGAUACGAAAACUACAAAAAUGUGGCCACUUGCCUUCGCUGCCGAAAAUCUAUCGCUGCUAUGCUGCUUAUGGCCAAUAUCUUGACUUACGUAUAGCGGCUAUGGAGUGUUUAGUGGAUUUCGUAAAAGUAGAUGGUCGUUGGGAAGAUUUAGAUCAUUUGAUUACACUGCUUGAAACAGAUCCCGACCCAGCUGCACGGCAUGCACUUGCACAAUUACUAAUCGACAAUCCACCAUUUACGCGUGAGUCACGUAGUAGCCGCUUAGAUCGGUCAGAGUUGGUAGAGCGAUUGUGGUCAAAUAUGAAUAACAAACUGGCGUUCGAUACGAAAUUACGUUGUGAUAUGGUGGAUUUAUAUCAUGCGCUAUAUGCCACAAAACGUCCCUUGUGCUUACAAUCGGCCGAUGUCAGCAACAUGUACAAAGAAAUCAUUAAAGAAGGUACCAAGAAAACCAACACUCCAAUCAGCACUGGCUCUAUUAACGACGUCACUGUAACGCCGCCUCCAAUAAAAGAAGAGAAAGACGAAGUGGUUGAUAUUGUCGAAGAGAAGACCACUAUAACAUCACUGAAACGCACAGCUACCGAGUCGUUUGAAGUAGGCAAUGAAAUUAUCAAACUGGAAACAAGCGAAGAAGUAACUCUGGUUGAGGAUAAUGCAAUUAAAGUGGAGUCCUACGAAAAUGAAAUAAAAGUUAAUGUUGAGCAAGAAGCUGAUACAUCUGUGCACUCACCUGAGCCGAAACGUUUGAAGAGUGAAAUCUUCGAAGAGGAUGACAAUUCUGUAACAAUUAUCGAUAUUGGCGAGACGACUAUAACAAAAGCAGAUAGCAGUUUUGAGGCAAGUAAAACCGACGCCGAAAGCAGACAUAAGGCGGAAAUCUCAUCAAAGCAAAAAAAGAAAAAGAAAGACAAAAAGAAGCACAAACACAAGCAUAAGCACAAGCACAACAAGGAGAAGGAGCGUGACAAGGAACGUGAGCGUAAGGAUAAAAAAGAUCCCAACAUAUCGCGCAUCCAAGCUAAAGAAGCUACGCCUGAAACCCUCAGUUCAGCAGAUAGUAGCAAUUCAAAUAGCAAUCCACCAACGCUAAAUUUUACAUAAGCACACUACAAUAUAAUAAUUAUUUUUUAUACAAUUUACUUUUAUAUACAUUCAGUAAUUUGCUAAAAUUACACGCAACAAGUUUGUUGAGAGCUUAAAGUUUUCUAGCAGCAUUUUUUACAAUAUACAUACAUAUACAUAUAUGUAUAAUAAUAACUUUAAUAAAAUUUGAACUACGUUUUCGUAAAAUGCAUUGCUAAAAUGAAUGUAUGAUAAAUGUCUAUGUAUGAUUUUUUUUUUAUAAAUUCUCUACUAUUAUUCAUUUUCAAAUGCUGCAUAGGUUUUACUUGAACGUCAUAGUGUUUCGUUUGUUUCGAAAUAUACGCGUACUCUAUGAUAUUUAAAAUUAAAAAUUACAUACAUAUAAUUACAUAAUUAUAAAUAAAUGUGCAUUAGAGUGCCAACUGAAACUUAUUUAACAGCAAGUGGGCCGUUGCGCAAUAUUCCGUACGUUUAAUUCUAUUUUAUUGUAUCAAUGUUUGAAUAUUAAAUAUUGAUGAUUUUUUUCUAAUGAAUGGGUAGACCAGUUUUGAAUAGUGGAUUUGUUUACCUCCCUAUUAUGAAUUCGUGCGAUGCUUGAUAAACGCUUGCAUUCUGUUAUUUUCCAUUAUGAAUCUAUUUGUCGUAUGAAAUCCGAUAGUUAGCGUAGCUGAUUUGUGCUGAUUCGCAAUGAAGUGAACAAAAACCACAUCCAUUCACAACAAUACAUCUGUCGGACGUAUGAAAAUGAUAGUACGAGAUCUGAUUUCACACGAUACGCCUGCAAGCGCUUAUCGUAUAUCGUAUGAAAAUUGAUAAUUGGGGGUUAGUUGAAGUUAACUUCACUGCAUGGCAAGGCAUUAGGCGAUUUCGUUACAUACAUAAAUUGAUUAGGUUUCAAAGUAAACAUAAAUUUCAUUCCAUUUUAUUCAUUUUGUCGGUACCAGUACACGACUUUUUCAUAACUUCUUUCAAAAUCAUUUCGUGACUAGGUUCUAAUUUUCCCAAACUAGUCUCAAAAUUAUCCUGAAGUAGUCUUACAGUGGUUCUGAAAAAGUAAUGAACUUGACCCGAAAGGAUUUCGAAUAAGUUAUGAAACGGUCCUGAAAUGGCCCAUUACUAGUCCGAAACUAGUCCUGAACCAGACCCGAAAUGGGCCUGUACUAGUCCCAAAAUGGUCCUGAAACAGCUUCGAAACGAUACCAAAAUAGUCCCGAGCAUGCCUCGAAACGGUCGUGAAAUGGCCCAUUAUUAGCCCCAAAAUAAUCACGACUAGUCCCAAAGCGGUCAUUGCCUAAAAUUUCCACUCGACUAGUGUAUUAAAAUGGAAAAACUUGGCAGCACUGUAUAGUUUUCGACGAUUUUGGUCGUUUACUUAUUUCAUUACGACAAUAAACAAUGCUACUGUUGUCGAGUCGUACAAUUUAGCAUAAUUUACGACUUACGCAAUGAGGCUAAUAAUUAGGAAAAGUUGAGUUCUUUCGGUGCUAAAAGAGACAAAAUUACCGAAAUCCUUGAAAGACUCGCAACUUUACUAGUCCAGGAAAUGAACUGCGUAAAUUUAUAUAUUGUUCAUAAAUAUAAAUUUGAGUUUUCCACGGUUAGACCCAAACUCUUUCGAUCUUAACGAUUGAUCAAAGUUCAAAAUCCGAACGAAGUCUUUGAACACCGAAUUAAGUUAGGUUUAAGACAGGUUUGCUAACGAGCCAUCUAGCCAUCGGAAGGCAUGCGGAGAGGUUAGAGGUCCCCCAUAACUAAUUCUGCAGAAGCUGCAGAGUUGACGAAGGCCACCUGUUAUGCUAAUACCACACACUUUGUAGAAAGAGACGAAUGCCAUGGGUACAGGAUUAUUAAAAGACUUAACCUACAUAGACGAGGUAGGCAUACGAUGGUUUGGGUAGAAGGAUUCUAAUGAUCCGCGCGGUAUCACAACGGGGCCACAAGCUAAGGGUCUAGGUCUGCUAGUGGGGUCACUGGCAGCUACUUCAACCUAACCCAACCUAACCUAGGUUUACGGCAAUCGACAUCAUGCAUAAAUCGUGUGCCUAAGCUCAGACUCAACUUUUGCACUGAUGGAGUGAGCUUAAGCUCAAGAAUUUGCACUGAAAAUUGAAUCGAAGCCCAAUAUAUGUAUGCAAAUAAAAAGUAGAUUCCACAAAAAUUAGUAAGGAUUCAAUCCUAAGCAAUUUUCAAGCCUUUCUUUUAAACAACACCACUACUGUGCCUCAAAAGUGGCCUCAAACGGGGUAAUUUCGUCAAGAUUCAGAGAUCCAAUAGCGAAAUUGUUGAUCGACUGCUAGUUAUGAAUCUACAGUGUGUCCUAGACCACCCGUCCACCCUCUCUAAAAUGGAGGGAAAUGGUUUUUAUUGAGAUACGAAAACAAAUCGGGGAUGCUCCAUCUUCCGGUUACGACCGGAAGUGGGAUGAACUGACCGGAAGUCUACUUUUUUAAAUCCGCUUUGCUUUAAUCCCAGAUUCCGAUUCUGCGCAUAAAAGUACUUCCAGUCUGUAAAUUGGUAUAAACCCAAAGUCGGUAAUACAACCAAAA